AUGGCCUACCACCAACCAGUUACAUUACCCCCAGAAAUAUGGAAUCAAAUCCUUUCAGAAAUACCUCGAACGCAAGUAUCCGACUUUCUUGGCACAUGUUCAUUAUUUCACGACAUCAUCGUCAAGUUCCUCUUUGCUUCAAUCAAAGUCUAUUUUAUUGGAAGUGAAACGGGCUUGGAAAUGCUCAAUACUUCGCACGUCGAUUGGACAGAAGAAAUUGCGAUGAAGCUAAUGAUCACACUUGCAAACGCUCUGCUUUUCACGCCAAACCUUCAUACCUUUCGUUGGAUUGGUAAUGGCCCUGCUCUAGAUAAUUUGGUCGGCGAGUGUCUACCGGACAACUUGAAGAAACUCGUUGUACAAUCAUCUCUUCCUCUGGAGUCUAUACAACACCUACGCAAUGUGACGUCCUUGCACCUUCCAAUGCCAUUUUUCUUCCCCGACGACGAGGAAGCUCAUGACCGACUUGUCUACGAUUAUAGCAUCCAAGAAUAUACACAACUGUUUCUCGGAGAUAUAUUGCAUUUUGUGUCGCCCAAUUUGCAGAGCUUACGGAUAACUGCCAUCCAAGUUCGCGAUGUUCCAAUUCGAAUCUUCAAUACUCUGAUAGAUUUGGAAAUUUUAUCGACGCUUGGAAAUCAGGAGGAGCUUGUGGGCUUAGAUAUAGUCUUCCACCACGCAUCAAAUUUACAGUCCCUGACUUUGGUAGGGCUGUUUGUCCCGGAAAUCUUUUCCUUUCUUCCCCCUCAUUCUCUCGCGAGUCUACCUCUUUUGACUUCCUUUCGAUUCUCAUGGGAGGAUCUUUCGCUCGUUCUUGAUACCGUUGGAGAGAGCGAAUUCCAGGCUUUGUGCCGUUUUCUCCAUGGCCGUUCACUAAUAAGACGGCUCUAUCUUCGCCUUCCUAUGAUGCGCUGGAUGCAAACGUCUCGUCUUCUUUCAGUCAUCCGCGACCUACCGGGAAUUGAGGUUCUUGGUCUUCACACGGGACGAGAUAUUCUGGUUGAUGCUGAUAUAAUCGAGACAUUGGCCAGGAGUUUGCCUAUGAAGUUACAUGCCCUACAUAUUGCAAUCAAUUGGGGAGGAGGAAAUUUAUUGCCUUUGGUUGAUGCCAUCGGUAAACUCCCUCAUCUCACCUUCCUUCAUCUCUACGGUGUUGUUGUCCGGCUCCCUAUACUUCUAGAAGAUCUUGCGCAUGAGGCACCAGGACUUAAGAUGAUCGGCCUCAAUCGAGCCUUAUGGGAUAUCGUAAGGGUAGGUUCAGAGAUCAUCAAAAACAAAUACCCUAGAUGGAGAAUCAAAUUCUGUGUCGAAGAAGAUUUUCUUUGCGCAGAUGACGCUUGGUUGUUCAAGUACAACUGA